CUACCUUUCGGACGAACGGCUGAAACGUCUACGAACUAAACUAGACCACGAUAUACCUAGUACUCUUAAAUUUGACAUAUUGCAAUAAUUUUAUCGACAAGUUGGACCUCAGAACAUGUGAUAAUAACUGUUUCACAAAAUAAAAGUCUGAAACUUGAGGCCAAUAAACAAAUAUGAGUUGCAGUAAGGCAGAAACUUGCAGCUCUAAGAAGCCUCUUGACCAGGCUGAAUUGAUUAGCAUGAUUGAACUUCAGCUGUCAGAGGUAGAUAUGCUUCAGUCAAUGUUUCCUGACCCAAAGGAGCUGAUUUUGGAUGACCUCACUGUACCUAUUGACUUGAGGGAUUUUGCAGAAGGCCGUGUCAAGUUCCUGCCCUCUCGUCUAGGUUUUGUUCUCAACUUAGAUGUAGAAAAGGGUCAUUUGAAUAUGAGUAUUAAUCUACCUCAUGAAUAUCCAGCAGUACCACCCGAUAUAUUUGUACGAUCCCAGACUCUAAAUCGAGAAGCUCAGCGUCAGUUGAAUGAGGAACUAAUGGAAUUCCUAACAGGUUUUCAGUAUGGUGAUCUGUCAGUUGGGCCAGCAGUUACUUGGCUUCAAGACAAUGGUGAAAAAUUUUUCAGUAACAGUGAGGCUACUGUGGAGACAGAAGUUGUACAAAAACAAGCAGGCACCAAGGACAGUAAAUUUGUACGUCUAUGGGUAUACUCUCAUCACAUCUAUAGUAAGGUGAAGCGAAAAGAUAUUCUAGAUUUAGCAGAAGAACUUGAUCUCACUGGUUUUUGCCUUCCUGGAAAACCAGGAAUCAUAUGCAUAGAGGGGUUAGCAUAUAAUACUGAAGAAUGGUGGCAGAGAGUGCGGUCUUGGAAUUGGCAGAAGAUUUUGAUUAAGAAUCGUGAGGUUACUAAGCUUGAAGCGAAUGAAGAGCUCUCCACCCAUCGACGAUUCACAGGAUUUGAAGAGUUGGGCUCAGAAUCUGAUAUUCGUGUCAAAAGUGGUGGUUUUCAUGUUGAUAUGGGUGACGUAUACCGAUACUUGGAAAAACAUGACUCCGGUUAUAUUUUUAAAGAUUAUUUUGGGGUAGAUGGAAAACCUGCUUGAUACUCUGUGGCACAUUUAAAAAUUCAUUUGUGUUGUGAGUGCUUUCACUAAGGUUUUCCAAUUCUGAUGUAUAAUAUUUUUUCUAGUUGAAUUUAACACAAGUAAAAACCUUCCAGCAAAGUUAACAGGGUCUGUGAGGGAGUCAUGGGAUAAAAUUUUGUAUGAUACAUAAAUUAAGUUUCUGUUUAAAAGUUAAUAUGCAACUUACAUUAAUCUUAACAAGAGGAAACUAGGAUUUAGCAUUUUCAUAUUGAUGCUAUUAUGAAUGUAAAUUGAAAGAAAAUUUAAAAUUUACUGUUAAUAUUUAUAAUGUGCAAGAAUUCUAGCAAGUUCAGUUUUCUUCAGAUAUUGUCAAUGUGAAUCAUCCAUUUUUAGUAAAAUGUUGGGAAGUGUGUAAAGUUUGGCAGCCCAGGGUUGAUGUUAUAUCACCUGUGCUUACUUUACCUCUUCAUGAAAAGAAUUGGAUAUCAGUGUGAAUCAUUAGAAAAUGGAAUUGCAUAUUAAAAGUUUGACAGUGUAUUUGAACACUAUUUAUACAAAUGUACAAACCAUAUUUUUUAUGGAAGAUGAAUAGCAUUGCAGAAUGAACUGUAAUAUUAAAACCUUUGGGCAAAAAAGUACUGUGCAUAAUUCUCCAGAUGUCAGAAUUUUGCUUGUGCCCAGUGUGAGAAAUUGAGGUACCAUUCAGAAUGAAUUAAGUCUUAAUCUAAAACAAGUGGGAAAAAUGACCAUGGGAUUUGCCCAGUUCCAGUCAGGUUAAUGUUACCCAGAAACUACUACUAGUUUACCAGUUAGUUUUGUUCUGGAAGUAACAGCAGGAAGAGUACUGCAUUUUGUUAAAGGAAAGUGAUCCACUUGUUAGCUUGCCUGUGAAUGAGAGAAUUGCCUUGAGAAGUACUGUAUCAUCUGAUAGUGAACUUACAGCACUAUUUGAAUUCCAUAGUAUGUACAUGGAAAAAAAAAGGAGUGGCUUAGGUCAUGAUUGGAACAGAACAAGAGUGACAAUAUUGUUACAUAUUUUUGGACAGUAAUUAGAUAAUGUUCCCUAUCUACAGUAUUAUCAAUGGAGGAUGAUCUGGAACAAGAAAGAGGUGGUGGUCUCGAUAAUGGCAUAAGUACUUUAUCUUAAUGACUCAGAAGAACAUACUAGAUCUUAGCAGGUUCAAUAAAGAAUUUCAACAAUUGAAGGAUAGUGAGGGGACAUAUCUCUCUCUUUCCUGUUAUUAGUAAUUUGACAAUGGAAUCUAAGACAGUUAAAAUCAAAAGUUUUGAGAAUGCUUGUAAUUGAUGUAGUUUGGAAUUACAUACGUGUUUACUUUGACUGAAGUCUGUUAUUGAGCUUAUUUGUGCAUCAAAUCAUUUAGCCACUGUAGUGGACGACUUAUUUAAUGAUAAUUGUUUGUUUCUAGUAUCAGAAUUAAAAAUUUUAGUUAAAACCUUGUGGUAACUGAAAUGCAGUGAGUGGCAGUUGUGCAGAUAUAAACUUUUCCAGAAUAAUUGCUAGCCUUAUUAUCAAUCAGGCACUCAGAAAAAGUUUUUCCAGCCAAGAUUUUUUAUUAGCCUGUAUCAUAUAUGUACUAUUCGUAUUACUUGGUGUUACAUUUGACUCCAAGCUUUCCUUUUUCUUCUGCAGCAGAACCUAUUAGUGUCUGAUACUGUCAAAAAUAGUUAUUUUUCAUAAGGUUUUCUGUGUCUACAGAGAUGGUAGUAGCAGUGCCGCAGGCAUAAGGUCUUUUGUUUUACUAAACUGUCAGUAUUGUUUGAUCUUUGACAGGCAUUAUAAGACAAAAUUUCUUCUGAUGGUGGUUGGUCAGUAUGGUUCAGACCAUCAUCAGAAGCUAGCCUGUAUAAAUAUUUUCCUUAAGCAUUCUUCCAAAUUGGAAUGUUUACUACUGGCUUUCAUGUCAGUAUCUCUAGAAUUAUUGUUACUUAGUAACUUAUAUUUUAUGUAUUUACAGCUGAAUUAGUUUCAUCACUACCAAAUAACCACUUGCUUUACAGUGAAUAACCCUUGAUUUUCCUCUGCUAUAGGCCUGUUAAAGCUACAGAUACCCUUUCCCAGUGCAAUGGAUUUCUAUUUAAAUGAUCUGAAGCACCUCUAGCAUUAGUACUAGUUUUUUUUUUUUUUAGAACACUAAUAAAUUAAGAACUGUCUUUGUAUGGACAUAAAUUUUUUUUGAAAAUUUCCAUGUUUCAUAAGUACACAUUCAUCUUAUUGGUAGAUGAAAAUAGAGUAAUUGCUAUUGAUUUAUGGGGGUGAAAGCUACUUUAGUUGGAUAGUGAUUCAAGAUUCCUCUGUGGUAAAAGCUCAGCAUUUGGAUUAUAACCUGCCUCUCAGAUCAUUAAGUGUUAAGUUUUGAAUGUAUAAUUUGGAGAGUAUUCUUUGUUAUAUGUAAUACCUCAUUUUUAUGGAGAAAGUGUUUGUGUGGUAUGGUGUUCUUCAGUUAAAAAUGAUGAGUUUGUCUUUCAAUUUUUAUUUCUGCAGAUGAAUCAAUGGGAGGAUUGGGGAAGAGUCUGUACUAUUUUGCUUUUUUAUUAGCAACUGAUUGUCUAGUGGAAUACAUAUGUAGCAACUGCAUUCUCUGAAUGUUGUAAGCCAAAGGUUUUUUUUUUAUAUUUUAGAAUCUUUGUUGUUUAAGAUAAUGGGUGCUGCUGACUCCCAAUCUUAAGUGGAUAGAUAAACAUAGGAAGUAUGUUCAUGUGUGGUCCGUUUAUCUCAGGACAUAGAUAAACAUAGGAAGUAUGUUCAUGUGUGGUCCGUUUAUCUCAGGACAUAGAUAAACAUAGGAAGUAUGUUCAUGUGUGGUCCGUUUAUCUCAGGACAAAUCUGUGUAUGAUUUUAAGAUAGAGUUUUUGACUUAAUAGAUAUUUAUUAAAAAUUAUAUAUCUGUAUAUCUAAUUUUUGCCAAGGAUAUUCAACACCUUCAAUUUUUCGUGUACAGUAUAUUUUUGUAUGGAAUAAAAUAGACUUCAAAAUACA